CCAGCCUUCCCAUUUUGACCGCGCAGCUCUCUAACUUUACCUACUUCGUGGUCUCCAAAAUGACUCCAUUGCCAUUACCACUAGUAUCCCCUCAAGGCCCCGCCUCACGCCGCACAGUGGCUUCCGACUGGGGGAUCAAGCCGUUCCGGAAGCCUGCUACGACACCAUGGAAGGUCCCAAUUCCCGUGCAUGCGAUGCCCCGUCUUCUUCAGGGGGACUUCCCGCAGGAGAUGGAGGAUAAGUGGUUUGUUUACGCGGACGGCCCGGAUGGCCCGGAUGGGAGCGGUGCGUUUGUUGUCCACCUGCAUCGCAGCUGGACCGGUUUUAAGGUUGUUGAGUUGAGGGGUAUGGUUGAGGCUAUUACUACUACUGGCGAAGAGGAGAAGGAUGGCAAGGUGGAUGGGCAGGUCGGGAAAAGGGUCGCGUAUAUCUCGGAGAUUGUAUGGGAGUUGGAUCCGAAGGUUGUUCUGGACACCACUGAAGAAAGGGCCAAGUCGACGGCGAGGGAUGUUUGCGAGUUUGUGCUGGGUGUUAAGCUGGUAGGUGAGAUGUGAUAAUUCAAAGAUGCUGAGAUAAUGAGAUGGAAAAGAAGAGAAAUAGUCCCGGGGCAGUGGUCAUCCUCGGGGAAGACAUUCGUCUGGAUAAAGAUGUUCAUUAGGAGACAAGUGAAAUACAAAGGGCCCUCCAUCAAGCCAAUGCGUGGGGACAAGGGCUGUUUUAUUUAGAAGGAGCCAGCUUGAAUGGAACCUAUCGCGGCUGGCGAUAGGGUCAGGGGUUCAAGGGGAGGAGGACCUGUACGCCCGCGUUCGCGCGCCAGGG